UUCGUUACUUCCGAGCUGGUGCUCCAGGCGGCGUUGAAAAUAGUGUCCCCUUCUCACAAGAGGCGAGUUUUAACCCCCUGUUUCCACCCAUACACACCCACAUGAGUGGACGAAGGGACAAUCUGAACGUAUCCCCUAGGAGCUUGCUAGGAGCACUCGGAAGGAAUCUGAACGGUCUUUGGGUGUCUGGGUGUACCUGGGUGAGGAAUCGGAACGCAGCCCGUUAUGUCACUUAUUACGGGAAUUGCAAGGCAACUCUACCAGAAAGUAAUAACAACCAAAAAUUUCGGUCAGUGCAUGAAAAAUGUGCAGUUACUCUCAGCGGGUGAUGGGAAGUGCAAAGCACAGUUUACAGUAGCUGAGGAGCAUUUAAAUAUUGGUGGUACUUUACAUGGUGGUUUCAUAAGCACUGUUGUAGACUGUGUGUCUUCAUAUGCAUUGGCUACUCAUGGUACUGGUACUUUUAGAGUUUCAACAUCAGUAGAUUUGCAUAUAAUGUUUGUAAAGACUGCAUUUCCUGGUGACAUAGUAACUGUAGAUGCUAAGACUAUACGUUCCGGUAAGAAGAUAGCAUUCCUUGCAGUGGAACUCAGAAAGAAUGACAGUAAAGAUGUCAUUGCACAUGGUCAACAUACAAAAUAUCUUCUUUGAUAAGAUAUCAAAUUCUUCUGUUCAGAGCUACUAAAUAUGGAUGUGAUAUAUCAAUAUAUAUAGUCGCUGCUGCAAAUAUUAAUGAUAAAAAGUUCAACUUCGCUGCAACACAAGUGACAUACAUAGUUCUGUGCAUCAAGUGUCGCACGUUUGCAAUUUGAUAAUAAUUCUAAGUUAUUUUUACAAAAGAUAUUAUAUAUAUUCAGCCAUUUCACAUUGACAGCACUAUUCCUAUGGUAAUUUCCAUUUAGUUUAAGUUUUUAAAUAAAACUUUAUAUUCAAAAGUCUCAGAAAUCAUCCUAAGUUAUACUAAUAAGGAAGAUUAGGGAACACGGAAAUUCAAAAAAUUCUAAAACUUUAUGUGGAAGUAAAGUAGUUCAUCUAUAUUGCAAAACUAUUUUUUGUUCGUGCGGAAUUCCAGAAGAAGUAAAAUCACCCUUCGAAGAAGAAAACCAUUUUCAUUUGAAUUACGCUAUACUCGAUAAAUGUGUCUGUUAUGAAGUUGACACUUUCCCAUGCUGCAGGAUAAGAACUUAAUUCUAAUGACAUUGCAAUAUAUUACAUAAGAUAUAAACAAGCGCAGAGAUUAAUUUGCUGAUGUAAAAAUAGUAACAUGUACGAGACCCUCGUACCAAGGAAUAGGGAUACUGCAGAUAAAGAUAUAUCAUUCUCUAUAUAUUGACAAAAACUUACAUUGCACGUGAGAUAAUUUUGGUAAGAUUUGAAUGGUACUCUUAUAAAAAAUAUUAUUUCAAUAUUGUUUACUUAUCUGUUCUAUAUGUAAUAUGCUAUAUGUACAUCAGUAAUCACACAAUAUUAGAUAAUUCAUACAUCCUACUACAACUUUUGAAAUAACGAUGGAACGAUAAAUUAAUGUUUAAGGAUAAGUAGGAAACAGCAUAUGAAUACUGAAGAACGUAAAAUCCUUUCUAAUUGUGAGGAGACUAGAUGCAAAAUAAAGUAAGAGGAAUUGCUGUCUUAGAAAUCGGCAAGAUAGCGCAUACUGUGAGCAGGCCUGUUAUUAUACAUUAUACAUUAUAUAUUACAGGCCUGUGAUACUGUUAUUGUAUAUUAUUAUUAUAUGUUAUUAUAUAUUAUUAGGCCUGUUAUUAUAUAUUAUUAUAUAUUAUACAUCAUCCAUAUUGCAAAAAUUAAUCAAUAUUAAAUGUGCGUCACUACUAGACAACUAAAGGUUACGCUAACAAUUAGAUUUUUGUAUCACCUUGAAAGAGAUAUAGAUAAAAUCAUUGGAUGUAUAUAUAUAGCUUCAGAUUAUAUACAAAUUUUAUCAAAGAUAUUUUUGACACUGUCAUGGUGUUAAAUCUUGCAAUUGAUCUCCAAACUAAAAAUAAUGUGUUGAAGUUGCAAUUAUUGCCGCAUAAUUAUUUCUCGUCGCUUAGCUUUUAAAAUUUAUUUAAAUAUACAUCGUUUAAAAUGGACAAGUGUAUCGAGAAAAUCGUCAGAGUUUCGCACACUCUUGAAUUUUGUUCCGAAAGUUAUUCGAACGUAACAUAAAGUGAAGAAAAUUAAGCACAUACAUAUUACUAUAUCCUUAUAUCAUCCGUAUCCCUUGGCACACACGUUACUAUUUUUACAUAAGCAAAUUAAUUUCUGCUUUUGUUUAUAUCUUAUGUAAUAUGUUACAAUGUUAUUAGAAUUAAGUUCUUCUUAUCUUGUAGUAUGAGAAAAUAUCAACUCGAUCACAGACACAGUUAUCGAGUACAACGUAAUUCAAAAGCGCUUACCUACAGCGCGGUGCCUAUCUCAAGGAGAAAUAAGAGACGAAUAGAUACCGAAUCGACAUCGAUUGGCCGUCGAUGACGUCUAUUCAAUUUCCCAUUUCUUUCUGGGAUAGUUCUAUAUAAUUAUCUCUAUCUCUAAGAAAUAUGUAAUCGCCUCCAGUUUUCAUUGUUAUGUAUGGAUGAAUUUAAUAUACGAUGCUCUUUAUUUUUGCUCUUUAUUUUCAAAGAACAAUUUAAAAAUUUUGGAAGUAAUGAGGAGAGGGGAGGGGAUUUAAAAAAUCUUUCAAUUUUGCAAAAUCUGAAUACACAGUUACAAAGAGUAUGAAAUAUAUUACAAUUUUCAUAUAAACCAUUUUUGCAUAUGCCUCGUACUUUAAAAGAUACCCAGACAGCACACGGAUGUCCAUUGGAUGUCCGUUAUAUGUCCAUUUUUUUACUGGAUAAAAGACGUCCAUAGGGCGUACGUUUGUCACAACUUCGAACAUAGGACGUCCGAUGGACGUACAUCGGACGUCCUACAGGUCCGAUGUCCAAUAAGGACAUCCUUGUUACAUCCAAUUUAUGUCCACGGACAUAAAUCGGACAUACGGACAUAAAUUGGACGUGAAACGUACAUCCAUUGGAUGUCCGGUGCUGUCUGGGUAUACGCUAAAAAUAAAAAUGGUUUUUUUUUCUUCGAAGGGUAGUUUCACCCUCACACUGGAAUUCCGCACGAACAAAAAAUAGUUUUGCAUUACGGAUGGACUAUUUUACUUCCACACAAAAUCUCAAAAUUUUUUGAAUUUCCGCGUUCCCUAACUUUCCUUGUAAGUAGAUUCUAUAUACAAGGUGUCCCCUUUUAACUUUCGCAUUAAAAAAUCUCGAAAACUAUGAAAGAUAUUAAAAAAAAUUAAAACACAUUCCAUGAUUACGAAGGGGAAAGAGA